AUGACCACCACCAGCCCAGACCCAAAGAUUAUUGACCUUUUGAAGGCCAAGGAAGAUGGGAGCAAGCCCUUUGCUUCCAUUGAGUUCUUCCCACCCAGAACAGAGGUCGGAGUGAAGAAUCUGUUCGCACGCAUGGACCGCAUGAAAGAAGCAAUUAAUCCUCUUUUCACCGAUAUGACAUGGGGUGCUGGAGGCUCCACCGCAGAAUUGACACUCAAACUGGCGACACAUGCACAUGAACAUGGCCAUGUUGCAAACAUGCACCUCACCUGUACCAACAUGGAGAAAGAUGGUGACCCAAAGAAGGCAGUUCACGAAGCUCUUACAACUGCAAAGAACAAUGGAAUCCGCAACAUCGUUGCGUUGCGAGGUGAUCCACCAGCUGGUGAAGAGGAAUGGAAGGCUGCCGAGGGUGGUUUCACAUGCGCCCUUGAUCUUGUCGAAUACAUUCGUGAGAAUUUUGGACAAGAGUUUGGAAUUUCUGUUGCAGGAUACCCCGAAGGUCACCCAAAUGCUAUUUCUGAAAUUGCCGAUCCAUCCAGUAUGUCGGAGGCUGAAAAGGGAAGAAGUUCGACUUUCGACGGAAAAGUAUUCACCUGCAAGGACGAAGACUACAAGAAGGAGAUGGAUUACUUGAAAAAGAAGGUGGACGCCGGAGCAGAUUUCAUCAUCACACAAAUGUUCUUCGACACCAAGGCUUUUGGAGCAUUUGUUGAAGACUGCCGAAAGUGGGGCAUCUUGUGCCCUGUUGUCCCUGGAUUGAUGUGCAUCAAUGCAUAUGCCGGAUUUUGCAAGAUGACCAAGUUCUGCAAAACCCGUGUUCCAGCAUCGCUUCAAGCUAAGAUGGAUUCGAUGAAGGAUGACCCCGACGCUGUUAAGGCUUUCGGUGUUGAAUAUGGUAUUGAGAUGUGCAAGGAUCUAACUGCGAUUGGCGUCGACGUCCUUCACUUUUACACUCUCAACUUGGAAAAGGUCACUUAUGGAAUCUUGGGAGGUCUUGGAUACGAGGUAAAAACAGCAGCUGAUGAAUCAGAUGCCGCAUCGAUGGUUGCCAAGGGGAGUGCUUGGGCACGUGUCGGCGACCAAGUGAAAACAAACGACGGUGCCACAGGAACAGUCUUGGAAAUAUUUUCCAAUGGAUCAGCUAAAAUUGCUUUCGAAGGCAAGGAACCUGUUUCACUUCCAAAGUCCCAAUUCUCAAAGGUAUUCUAA